AUGGCUGAGAGCUCCUCACUGCCCGCCUCAUCUGCCGAAGCCCCGGCCCCUGAGCCCAGCAUCACGGAGCAGCCGGAGCCACAGAGCCCCCCUCCCUCCCCUCCAGGCCUGGAGGAGCCAGUGGAUGGAGGUGACCCUGAUGUCCCCCACCCCGACCUGGCUCCUGUUGCCUUCUUCUGUCUGCGGCAGACCACCAGCCCGCGGAACUGGUGCAUCAAGAUGGUGUGUAACCCGUGGUUUGAGUGUGUCAGCAUGCUGGUGAUCCUGCUGAACUGCGUCACACUGGGCAUGUACCAGCCUUGCGAUGACAUGGACUGCCUGUCGGACCGCUGCAAGAUCCUGCAGGUCUUUGACGAUUUCAUCUUCAUCUUCUUUGCCAUGGAGAUGGUGCUCAAGAUGGUGGCUCUGGGCAUUUUUGGCAAGAAGUGCUACCUUGGAGACACGUGGAACCGCCUGGAUUUCUUCAUUGUCAUGGCAGGGAUGGUCGAAUACUCCCUGGAUCUUCAGAACAUCAACCUGUCAGCCAUCCGCACUGUGCGUGUCCUGAGGCCCCUCAAGGCAAUCAACCGUGUGCCCAGUAUGCGGAUCCUGGUGAACCUGCUCCUGGAUACUCUACCCAUGCUGGGGAAUGUCCUCCUACUCUGCUUCUUCGUCUUCUUCAUCUUUGGCAUCAUUGGCGUGCAGCUCUGGGCGGGCCUGCUGCGUAACCGCUGCUUCCUUGAGGAGAACUUCACCAUACAAGGAGAUGUGGCCCUGCCCCCCUUUUACCAGCCAGAGGAUGAUGAUGAGAUGCCCUUCAUUUGCUCCCUAUCGGGGGACAAUGGCAUUAUGGGUUGCCACGAGAUUCCCCCGCUCAAGGAACAGGGCCGUGAGUGCUGUCUGUCCAAGGAUGAUGUCUACGACUUUGGGGCGGGGCGCCAGGACCUCAAUGCCAGCGGCCUGUGUGUCAAUUGGAACCGCUACUACAACGUAUGCCGUACGGGCAGCGCCAACCCCCACAAAGGUGCCAUCAACUUUGACAACAUUGGCUACGCCUGGAUUGUCAUCUUCCAGGUGAUCACUCUGGAAGGCUGGGUGGAGAUCAUGUACUAUGUGAUGGAUGCUCACUCCUUCUACAACUUCAUCUAUUUCAUCCUGCUCAUCAUAGUGGGCUCCUUCUUCAUGAUCAACCUGUGCCUCGUUGUCAUAGCGACCCAGUUCUCGGAGACCAAGCAGCGGGAGCACCGGCUGAUGCUGGAGCAGCGGCAACGGUACCUGUCUUCCAGCACAGUGGCCAGUUAUGCCGAGCCCGGCGACUGUUAUGAAGAGAUCUUCCAGUAUGUCUGCCACAUCCUUCGCAAGGCCAAGCGCCGUGCCCUGGGCCUCUACCAGGCUGUGCAGAGCCGGCGCCAGGCCCCGGCCCCAGGGGUGCCUGCCCCUGUCAAGCCGGGAUCCCACUCCAAGGAGCCCAGGCACUACCAACUGUGCCCACGACACAGCCCCCUGGACCCAACGCCCCACACGCUGGUGCAGCCCAUCUCUGUGAUGCUAGCCUCUGACCCUACAGGCUGCCCCCGCUGCCAGAGCGAACCCCACCGUCGGCCGUCUGGCCUGGGCAGCACCGACUCAGGCCAGGAGGGCUCAGGCUCCAGGGGCUCGGUUGGAGGCUCUGAUGAGGCGGAGGGGGAUGAGGCCCGGGCCAGUGAAGAUGGGGCCUCCUCGGGACUGAGCAAGGAGGACGAGGAGGAGCAGGCGGAUGGGGCGGCCCGGCUGUGUGUGGCUGUGUGGAGAGAGAUGCGAGCCAAACUGCUGGGCAUUGUGGACAGCAAGUACUUCAACCGGGGCAUCAUGGUGGCCAUUCUGGUGAACACUGUCAGCAUGGGCAUUGAGCACCAUGAGCAGCCUGAGGAGCUGACCAACAUCCUGGAAAUCUGCAAUGUGGUCUUCACCAGCAUGUUUGCCCUGGAGAUGAUCCUGAAGCUCGCUGCCUUUGGGCUCUUUGACUACCUGCGUAAUCCCUACAACAUCUUUGACAGCAUCAUUGUCAUCAUCAGCAUCUGGGAGAUUGUGGGACAGGCAGACGGUGGCCUGUCGGUGCUGCGGACCUUCCGGCUGCUGCGGGUGCUGAAGCUGGUACGUUUCAUGCCUGCACUCAGGCGCCAGCUUGUGGUACUCAUGAAGACCAUGGACAACGUGGCCACCUUCUGCAUGCUGCUCAUGCUCUUCAUCUUCAUCUUCAGUAUCCUCGGGAUGCACAUCUUUGGUUGUAAAUUCAGCCUCCGCACAGACACAGGGGACACGGUCCCUGACAGGAAGAACUUUGACUCCCUACUGUGGGCCAUCGUGACUGUGUUCCAGAUCCUCACCCAGGAGGACUGGAACAUUGUCCUCUACAAUGGCAUGGCCUCCACCUCCCCCUGGGCCUCCCUCUACUUCGUUGCUCUCAUGACAUUCGGCAACUACGUGCUCUUCAAUCUGCUGGUGGCCAUCCUGGUGGAGGGCUUUCAGGCCGAGGGCGACGCCAAUCGUUCCUACUCAGAUGAGGAGCAGAGCUCAUCUAACAUGGAGGACUUCGACAAGCUUCAGGAGGCCCUGGAUAGUGGGGCAGACCUCAAGCUGUGUCCAGUUCCCAUGACCCCCAAUGGACACCUGGAUCCCAGUCUUCCACUGGCUGGUCAUCUGGGCCCCACUGGGGGCACGACCCCCGCUCCCCACCUCUCACUGCAGCCAGAUCCCAUGCUGGUGGCCCUGGGCUCCCGAAAAAGCAGCGUUAUGUCACUGGGGAGAAUGAGCUAUGACCAGCGCUCCCUGUCCAGCUCCCGGAGUUCCUACCACGGUCCGUGGGGCCGCAGCGGAGCCUGGGCCAGCCGCCGCUCCAGCUGGAACAGCCUCAAGCACAAGCCACCGUCCGCGGAGCACGAGUCCCUGCUCUCGGCGGAGCGGGGUGGCGGUGCCCGGGCCUGCGAGGGCGCCCGGGACGAGGGCCCACCACGGGUCGCCCCUCUGCACGCCCCGCACGCACACCACGUGCACCAUGGCCCGCACGCAGCGCACCGCCACCGCCACCACCGCAGGACGCUGUCCCUCGACACCAGGGAUUCGGUGGACAUGGCCGAGAUGGGACCCGCAGGGGGCGCCCACCCUCGGACAGCCUGGAGGGCUGCGGGCCUGGCUCCGGGACACGAGGACUGCAAUGGCAGGAUGCCCAGCAUUGCCAAGGAUGUCUUCACCAAGAUGAAUGACCGCAGGGAUCCUGGGGAGGAUGAAGAGGAGAUUGACUACACUCUUUGCUUCCGUGUCCGAAAGAUGAUCGACGCUUAUAAGCCUGACUGGUGCGAGGUCAGAGAGGACUGGUCGGUCUAUCUCUUCUCCCCCGAGAACAGGUUCCGGGUCCUGUGUCAGACCAUCAUUGCUCACAGGCUCUUUGACUAUGUGGUCCUGGCCUUCAUCUUCCUCAACUGCAUCACCAUCGCCCUGGAGCGGCCCCAGAUUGAGGCAGGCAGCACUGAACGCAUCUUCCUCACUGUGUCCAACUACAUCUUCACAGCCAUCUUCGUGGGCGAGAUGACACUUAAGGUGGUCUCCCUGGGCCUGUACUUCGGUGAACAGGCGUACCUGCGCAGCAGCUGGAAUGUGUUGGACGGCUUCCUUGUCUUCGUCUCCAUCAUCGACAUCGUCGUGUCUUUAGCCUCGGCAGGGGGAGCCAAGAUCCUGGGGGUCCUCCGGGUCCUUCGGCUCCUGCGUACCCUACGCCCCCUUCGGGUCAUCAGUCGGGCACCCGGCCUGAAGCUGGUGGUAGAGACCCUCAUCUCCUCCCUCAAGCCCAUUGGCAACAUUGUCCUCAUCUGCUGUGCCUUCUUCAUCAUUUUCGGCAUCCUGGGGGUGCAGCUCUUUAAGGGCAAGUUCUAUCACUGCCUGGGGGUGGAUACCCGAAACAUCACCAACCGCUCCGACUGCGUGGCCGCCAACUACCGCUGGGUCCAUCACAAAUACAAUUUUGACAACUUGGGUCAGGCUCUGAUGUCCCUCUUUGUCCUGGCCUCCAAAGAUGGCUGGGUGAACAUCAUGUACAACGGACUGGAUGCCGUUGCUGUGGACCAGCAGCCCGUGACCAACCACAAUCCCUGGAUGCUGCUGUACUUCAUCUCCUUCCUGCUCAUCGUCAGCUUUUUCGUGCUCAACAUGUUUGUGGGCGUUGUGGUGGAGAACUUCCAUAAGUGCCGGCAGCAUCAGGAGGCCGAGGAGGCGCGGCGGCGGGAGGAGAAGCGACUGCGGCGCCUUGAGAAGAAACGCCGGAAGGCUCAGCGGCUACCCUACUACGCCACCUACUGUCCCACCCGACUGCUCAUCCAUUCUAUGUGCACCAGCCACUACCUGGACAUCUUCAUCACCUUCAUCAUCUGCCUCAAUGUGGUCACCAUGUCCCUGGAGCACUACAACCAGCCUACGUCCCUGGAAACAGCCCUCAAGUACUGUAACUACAUGUUCACCACUGUGUUUGUGCUGGAGGCUGUGCUGAAAUUGGUGGCAUUUGGCCUGAGGCGCUUCUUCAAGGAUCGGUGGAACCAGCUGGACCUGGCCAUUGUGCUGCUAUCGGUGAUGGGCAUCACGCUGGAGGAGAUUGAGAUCAACGCUGCGUUACCCAUCAAUCCCACCAUCAUCCGCAUCAUGCGGGUUCUGCGCAUUGCCCGUGUGCUGAAGCUGUUGAAGAUGGCCACAGGAAUGCGUGCCCUGCUAGACACAGUGGUUCAGGCUCUGCCUCAGGUGGGCAACCUGGGUCUCCUGUUCAUGCUGCUGUUCUUCAUUUAUGCCGCUCUGGGUGUGGAGCUCUUUGGGAAGCUGAUCUGCAAUGACGAGAACCCGUGCGAAGGCAUGAGCCGCCAUGCCACCUUCGAGAACUUCGGCAUGGCCUUCCUCACACUUUUCCAGGUCUCCACUGGCGACAAUUGGAACGGGAUCAUGAAGGACACUCUGAGAGACUGCACGCACGAUGAGCGGAGCUGCUUGAGCAGCCUGCAGUUCGUGUCGCCGCUGUACUUCGUCAGCUUCGUGCUCACGGCCCAGUUUGUGCUCAUCAACGUGGUGGUGGCUGUGCUCAUGAAACACCUGGACGACAGCAACAAGGAGGCGCAGGAGGACGCCGAGAUGGACGCCGAGAUCGAGCUCGAGAUGGCCCACGGCCUAGGCCCCAGCCCCCGACCGCCCAGCGGCUCCCCAGGGGCACCGGGCCGCGGUCCGGGUGGUCCAGGCGGAGCAGGCGCUGGGGCCGACCCCGAGGGCCGCCUGCGCCGCCGCUGCUACUCUCCAGCCCAGGAGAACCUGUGGUUGGACAGCGUCUCUUUAAUCAUCAAGGACUCCUUGGAGGGGGAGCUGACCAUCAUCGACAACCUGUCCGGAUCCGUCUUCCACCACUACUCGUCGCCUGCCAGCUGUGACAAGUGUCACCAUGACAAGCAAGAGGUACAGCUGGCUGAGACGGAGGCCUUCUCCCUGAACUCUGACCGGUCCUCGUCCAUCCUGCUGGGUGAUGACCUGAGUCUUGAGGACCUCACAGCCUGCCCUCCAGGCCCCAAAAAUGGCAAGGGUGAGCCGGACCCGCCUGAGCCCAUCCGUGUGGGGGACCUUGGGGAAUGCUUCUUCCCCUUGUCCAAUACGGCCGUCUCGUCCGGCCCAAAGAACUACCUGUGUGAGAUGGAGACGAUUCCGUUCAACCCUGUCCGGUCCUGGCUGAAACACGAGAACAGUCCAGCAUCUCCGAGCCCCUUUGCCCCAGAUGCCUCCAGCCCACUCCUGCCCAUGCCAGCUGAAUUCUUCCACCCCGCUGUGUCCACCGGCCAGAAGGUCCAGGAGAAGGUCACCGGCCCUGGGACCCUCCCAAAGAUCGCCCUGCAGGGCUCCUGGGCCUCCCUGCGGUCUCCCAGUAUCAAUUGCACCCUACUGCGGCAGGCCACAGAGAGCGACACAUCGCUGGAAGCUAGCCGCAGCAGCUCGGCAGGCAGCCUGCAGACUACCUUAGAGGACAGCCUGACCUUGAGCGACAGUCCCAGGCGCGCUCUGGGUCCACCAGCGCCUGCACCGGGCCCCCGGGCCUGCCUAUCCCCCACUACCAGGCGCCGUCUCAGCCUGCGGGGCCGAGGCUUGUUCAGCCUGCGCGGGCUUCGGGCCCACCAGCGCAGCCACAGCAGCGGGGGCUCCACCAGCCCUGGCUGCACCCACCAUGACUCCAUGGACCCCUCAGACGAGGAGGGUGGCGGCCGGGCCGGUGCAGGCGGCGGGGGCGCGGGAAGCGAGCACUCGGAGACCCUCAGCAGCCUCUCGCUGACCUCCCUCUUCUGCCCCCCGCCCCCGCCUCCGCCCCCUGGUCUCCCUCCCACCCGGAAGUUCAGCAGCACCAGCAGCUUGGCCGUGGGACCCCGGCCCAGACAGCCCCGAGGCCUGCCUCGGAGCCCCUCGUGGCUAGCAGAGCGCAGCAAGGACCCCCUGGGCCAGGCUGAGCCUGAGCCACAGCCACCCCCAGGGGAGCUGGAGUUGGGGGAUGCCAUGAGCAAGAGGAAGAGAUGA